UUUCCUGACCUUCUAUAUGAUGACGGAUGCUCAUAAAAACUUCGUCUUGAACAUUUAACAUGUCAAUUGGGAAAGUAUCGUUUAAAAUAUUCUCUCAUUCUUUUGGUCAUACUUAAUUUUAUUAUCUUUACUUCCCCUACAAGAAAAACAAUGAAGAACUUUCGUUAUGAGGUGAGUAAGAAAGACAAAGAAAAAGCCAUUCGAAGUUUGCUAACACAAGCUCCUCCGGGAGAAUUUGUAAACUGUUUUAACGACCUUUCUCUACUUGUUCAAGAUGAAAAAUUAAUGCGACAAUAUGGCGAGUGGGCCGGUAACAAAUACUGCAAAAAAUAUUUUGUACCACUCAGCAUAGAUGGACAUCAAGUACUACUUUCUCACCACAAUGAACUGGGUGACCAUCGCUUCUUUGACCCUCACACCAGACUUUCUUUCAAAUUUGAUGUUCUUGAAAAUCAGUUGAAAGACAUUGAAAGUCAUGGUGUUCUGCGUAAUGAGGCAGAAUGUCUGAGGAUGGUGGUAUCCCAUGCUUUAAAAAUCUAUGUGAGCAAACAUUUCCCAUCAGGAAAUUGCAAUGUACUUAGGAAAACCAUAAGAAAUAAAGAGUUCUUAAUAGCCUGCAUAGAAGAUCAUCAUUACAAAGCUUCAGAUUACUGGAAUGGCCUUUGGAAAUCAAAAUGGAUUUUUUCAAUAACUCCAUUUCUCACGCAAGUAAUAGGGUCAAUUUAUGUGAAAGCACACUUCUUUAAACAAGUCAACUUUCAUCUUGAUAUCAGCAAGGAUGUGCAGGACUGCUUGGAUGUGGUUAACCAAGCUCAACUGGCUUUAGGUUUUGCCAAUUUUGUAGAAGAACAAGAAAACAAAUUUCAAACUGCAGUCAUAGAAGAAUUCCAGGACCUAGAGGCUUCACUGAAAAGAAUUUUAAGAAGAGAUCUUCCAGUGACCCGUACUUAUGUUAACUGGCAGAGAAUAGUAAAUGACUUGAAGUUGGUGAUGUAUCCUAGGCUUGGAUAUGUCAAUUACUCAAAAAAUGUAUUAUGCCACUGGAUCACAUAAAGGAUUUGUUCCUGGAGCUGGGCUGUUCUUGAUUGGGUCAUUGUAAAAGGGGAGUAGUGUUCUGUUUUGCUUUUUUUUUCUCUAAAAGAUAAGCAUUUCCUAGAAUGUAUGUGUCUGAGCAAAGAAAUCAAAGAAUAGAGGGGAUAGACAAUUUGUAAAUUAUAAGAGAUUUCUCUAAGCCAAGGCUGAGUCACUUAACCUCUUGGAGAAUGAACUCCUUCCCAAAACUGGUCCAGUAGAACCUGACUUUGGCCUGGAGAUUCUUCUUACUACAAUAAAAAUGAAAAUCUCUUAUUUCUGGUUCACUACAGCAAAACGAGGAAAAAUUCAACCUUC